AGAGAGGGGGGAGGGACCAGUCCUUCUCCCUCCCCCUCCUCCCUCCCUCUCCCCCAGCCCCUUCCAGCCAGAUUCAACCCAGAUCCCCGGGCCUGGCGGCGGCUGGAGAAUUUAGGGACCCCCGAAGGUGGACAUGGCUCUGCCUGGGCGCCCCUGGGAUGGGUCAGGCAACAGCUCCGGGCCGGAAGCCUGGACCCCAGAAUUCUCCCGCAAGGAUGAGAUUGUCACCAGCCUGGUGUCGGCCUUAGACUCCAUGUGCUCGGCCCUGUCCAAACUGAACGCGGAGGUGGCCUGCAUCGCCGUCCACGACGAGAGCACCUUCCUGGUGGGCUCGGAGAAGGGCCGGGUCUUUCUCAACACACGGAAGGAGCUGCAGGCCGACUUCCUGAGGUUCUGCCGAGGGCACCGGCGCCCGGAGCCGGAACUGGGCAUCCCCAGGAAGGGCCGGGACCGCGCUCGGGGUGACGCCCGGGCCCCUGCCGACCCCGGCUCUGAUGUCUUCCUGCUGCGGAAGAUGGUGGAGGAGGUGUUUGACGUCUUGUACAGUGAAGCCCUGGGCCAGACCUCGGUGGUCCCGCUGCCCUACGAGAAGCUGCUGAAGGAGCCGGGGCUGCUGGGCGUGCAGGGACUCCCGGACGGCCUGGCCUUCCGCCGGCCCGCAGACUACGACCUCACUGCCCUGCUGGCCAUCCUGGAGCAGAGCCAUCGCAUCCGCUUCCGCCUGCGCAGGCCAGCCGAGGACACCAGCCGGGAGUCCGAGGUCAGCGGCGUGGAGCCGAGCAGCGUCUCGGGGGCUCCUAGGGGCUCCCAAGGCCCCGGCCCCAACGCCCCCAAACUGCCUGCCCUGGACCUCCCUGUCCCCCCGGUCACCUCAGCCGCUCCGGCCCCCGUGGCCGUGGCGGGUUUCCUGUAUGGUGUCACGCUGCCCAGCCAGAGAGCCCUGGACCUGAAGGCCGAGGGGCCGGUCAGCGUGCCUGGCCCCAACCCGGCCAGCGACCUCGCCUUGCCGCGCCCACCCACCGAGCAGAAGGCCCCACCCACCCAGGAGUUCGCCGACUGCUGUGGACAGAAAGCCGGCGGGCCACUCAUCCAGAACGUGCACACGUCCAAGCGGGUCUUGUUCUCCAUCGUCCACGACAAGACCGAGAAAUGGGACAGCUUCAUCAGGGAGACUGAGGACAUCAACACCUUGAGGGAAUGCGUCCAGAUCCUCUUCAAUAGUCGCUACGCGGAAGCCCUGGGCCUGGACCACAUGGUUCCAGUGCCGUACCGGAAGAUCGCCUGUGACCCCGAGGCCGUGGAGAUCGUCGGGAUUCCCGACAAGAUCCCGUUCAAGCGCCCCUGCACCUACGGUGUGCCCAAGCUCAAACGCAUCCUGGAGGAGCGGCAUGGGGUCCACUUCGUCAUCAAGAGGAUGUUCGAUGAACGGAUCUUUACAGGAAGCAAAUUCUCCAAAGACCCCACCAAGGCGGAGCCGGCCAGCCCUUCGGACGAGUGCCCAGCCGACAGUCAGAGGUCAGCCAGCCUGGGGCAUACUGGCCGGUUGGAGCAGUGUGGUGUCACGGCAGACUGUGAGCCCGGGCCCUCCGGGGAGCUGAGCAUCCUGCGAACCAUCAAGGUGGAACCGGACGAUCCAGACGACAUCAUCCAGGUCACAGUUCCAGACCCAUCUCCGACCUCCGGUGAAGUCCCCUGCAUGCUCAGCGGCCCCCUGGCAACAGACGAGUCCGGCUUCAGGCAGGACACGUUGGCAGACCCUGUCCCUCCCGGAUCUGCCCCGGCCGACCGAGCUUCCUCCCCUCCAGGUUCGGACAAAGGGCCUAGCGUGGAAGCGCGGCCUCAGGACAAGCCGGUGGACGACAGCAUCGGCGAUGUCAUCCGCCACUUGAGGAAGCAGGUGGAGGAGCUGUUCAACACAUGCUAUGCGAAAGCCCUGGGGCUUCCGGAGCCGGCCAAGGUUCCCUACUCCAAGUUCCUGCUGCACCCAGAGGAGCUGUUCGUCGUCGGGCUGCCCGAUGGCAUCGCUUUGCGCCGCCCCACCUGCUUCGGGGCCGCCAAGCUGCGCCGCAUCCUCCAGGCCGCCCACGGCCUGCGCUUCGUCAUCAAGCGACCGGAGCUGCUCGUGGAGGGUGGAGUGAAGGAGGUGGCCACUGCCAGCCCACCGGCCCUCGCAGUGGAGAGAGACACCGUGGACGCGCUGGCGGAUGAACCCCUAAAGAGAUCGGGGUUCCAAGAGAAUUUUGACGCCAGGCUGUCGCGGAUCGACAUCGCCAACACGCUAAGGGAACAGGUCCAGGACCUCUUCAACAAGAAAUAUGGGGAGGCUCUGGGGAUCAAGUACCCGGUCCAGGUCCCCUAUAAGCGCAUCAAGACCAACCCCGGCUCGGUGCUCAUCGAGGGACUCCCGCCUGGGAUCCCAUUCCGGAAGCCCUGCACCUUCGGCUCCCAGAACCUGGAGCGCAUCCUCGCUGUGGCUGACCGCAUCAAGUUCACCGUCACCCGACCCUUCCAAGGACUCAUUCCCAAGCCUGACGAGGAUGACGCCAACAGGCUCGGGGAGAAGGUCAUCCUCAGGGAGCAGGUCAAAGAGCUGUUCAACGAAAAAUACGGGGAGGCCCUGGGCCUGAAGCGCCCGGUUCUGGUCCCCUACAAGCUGAUCCGGGACAACCCCGACGCAGUGGAGGUCUCCGGGCUCCCCGACGACAUCCCCUUCCGCAAUCCCAACACCUACGACAUCCGCCGGCUGGAGCAGAUCCUCCAGGCCCGCGAGCGCGUCCACAUUGUCAUCAUCAGCCAGCUCCAGUCUUUUGCCGAAUUCUGCAACGAGGCUAAGCCACAAGCAAAAGACAGCGGUGUUCCCAGGCGAAAGAGGAAGAGGGUUUCAGAAGGGAAUUCAGUGUCAUCUUCCUCUUCCUCCUCCUCCUCCUCGUCCUCCUCUUCUUCGUCUUCUUCCUCGUCCUCUUCUUCAUCCAACAUGGAGUCCGCAGUGACCACCAAUCAGAUCUCUCUCGUGCAGUGGCCAAUGUACAUGCUGGACUAUGGGGGCCUGACGACUCCAGGACCAGUGAACUACUAGGGUGCCCCCACCCCACCCCGCUCAGGGGAAAAAGACUCGGCUGUGUAAUUUAUGUAAAAAUGUAUAUUCCGCUAUAUGGACUGAUAUAAUGCCUUUUAGUUUUUCCAAUGAUUUUUACACUAUAUUCCAGCCACCAUGGCCUUUUUAAAUAAAAAAAAAAAGUGUUGCCUUGCUCUUAAA